AUUCCGGGCCAACUUUGCGAGCGAUCAGACCAUCUCCUUCCCAGAGCCUUACUACCCGUUUGUUUCCGACUGUGUGCUGGUGGAAGAACACAUCGAGGGCACACCCAUAUCCGAAUUCUUAGGAAAAGGCGCGCGGAGCUCGAUCAAGUAA